AUGGCGAGGUGGCCGCCGGCGAUGCUGCUGGUACUGGCAGUGGCGCUGGUGGCGGCGGGCACCGAAACCGGCGAGUGCAUCCACGAGCUGGUGCCCUACGAGGGUGGCUUCACGUCGGGGAAUUUCGUCGUCGUUGACCAUGACAUCUUCUGGAGCUCCGACUGCCCAGACCCCGGCAUCGACUUCACGGUACUCGUAACUUCACGAGGCGGUAACACUGUAUAUACGUUGAAGGGAAAAUCUGGUGAUAAAUUCGAGUUUAAUGCUCCAAGGGGUGGAACGUACAAGUUUUGUUUCCAUAGUCCAUAUGGAGCACCUAAAACUGUUUCUUUCUACGUUCAUGAUGGUCGCAAUCUUGUUCUGGAGGAGGCCCUGAAGGGGGGAGCCUUCAAGAAGAGGUAUGAUGAGUGGAUGGCUAGGUACCACCGCACAUACAAGGAGGAAGCCAUGAAGAAGAGGUUCGAGGAGUGGAUGGCCAAGUACCGUCGCACCUACAAGGAUGAUGAGGAGAAGGCGCGGCGCUAUGAGCUAUUCAAGGAUUGUGCCAAGAUGGUUGAUAAGCUUAAUGUGUUUCCGGGUGGGGCGACCACAAACAACUUCUGCGACUAUUCUGAGGAUGAGAGGCAAGCCAGCUUAGGGGCCGAGUAA